AUGCCGGCGCGCAAGUCGGACCACCGCAAGAGCGUGGGCGACGCGGGGACCGUCGCGGUCGCUACCGUCGCCGCCGCCGCCGCCACGCCUGACGAUAGCGCCGCGUCGCAGCCGCGGACAUCAUCGCCAGCAGCCGGGCCAGGUGCCGCGGCGACGGAGAAGAAGGACAAGGAGGCCAAGGACAAGGAGCACAGGGAUAAGGAUGCCGUGACAAUCGAGGACCUCACGUUGCCGAAAUCUAUCAUAACGAGGCUGGCAAAGGGGGUGUUGCCUCCGAACACGCAGAUCCAGGCCAACGCCAUCCUCGCCAUGAGCAAGAGCGCCACCGUCUUCAUCAACUACCUCGCGUCCCACGCAAACGAGCACACCGUUAAUGCUGGUAAAAAGACGGUAUUGCCGGCGGACGUGUUCAGGGCUCUGGACGACACCGAGUUUUCUUUUCUGCGGGAGCCUCUCGAGGCCGAGUUUGCAAAGUUCAACGCCAUCAAGACGGAGAAGCGCACCUCGUAUCGCGCCAAGGUAAAGUCGACGGGCAAGGACGAGCCGGCCAAGCGGCAGCCGGCCUCCGAGGACACCGACAUGGCUGACCAGACGGGCGCGUCCCACGGAAACGACACCAUCGUCUCCGCCGCCGGCGCCUCGUCCGAGCACGCACCCCGUGCCAAGAAGGCCCGCGUCGACCACGAUGAGACGGAGGAAGAGGAGGACGACGAUGUAGACGACGACGACAACGACGACGAUGCGGAGCAGGAGGCUGCCGAGGAAGACGAGGAUGAUGAGGGCAACGAGGACGAGGACGAGGACGAGGAAGACGACGCCGAGGGGCAGGGCAGCGGGGACGAGACGCAGGACGCGCUGGAGGAGCGCGAGGCGAAAGAUGAACGUGACGAGGCGCUCGAUGGGGACGAGAGCGACUAA